AGCAACGUUUGCUUUGUGACAUUCAGCAUGAUGAUGGAGAGGGUGCUGUUAUUGUUUGGACUAGUGGCUCUGGCCACUUCAUACACUUUACCAGUUUCCUCUGUGGUACAUGAGGUGUAUGAGAAUGGUGAGGAUGAGAACCCCAUCUUAAACCUGGGUUCAGAUGCCAACCUGUUUGAAGGGGACAUUUUGGUUCCAGAAGGAAGGAAUGCCCUGAUUGACAAAAGAUACAGAUGGAAAUUUCCAAUCCCUUACAUUCUGGGUGAUGACUUAGAUCUGAAUGCCAAGGGCUGCGUCCACCAGGCUUUUGAAAUGUAUCGGCUUAAGUCCUGUGUCGACUUCAAGCCUUAUGAAGGAGAGAAGACCUAUAUCAAGUUUGAAAAGAGAGGGGGGUGUUUCUCCAGCGUUGGUGAUCAGCAGAAUGGUCAGAUUCUGUCUUUGGGGUCAGGAUGUGACCACAAGGCGGUGAUUGAGCAUGAGCUACUCCAUGCUCUGGGAUUUUACCACGAACAGUCCCGCACAGACAGGGAUGACUAUGUCGACAUCUGGCUGGAUCAGGUUUCACCAGGACUUGAACACAACUUCAACAAAUACAAUGAUGACUACAUAACUGAUCAAAACACGGCCUAUGACUACGAGUCCGUCAUGCAUUACAGGCCCUUCUCCUUCAAUAAGAACGAAUCCAUUCCCACCAUCACCACCAAAAUCCCAGAGUUCUACAACAUCAUUGGCCAGUACCUCGACUUCAGCAAGAUGGACACCUUCAGGCUCAACCGCAUGUACAACUGCUCUGGCCCUCUCACCCUGCUGGAUCAGUGUGCCUUUGAGUACGCCAGUAUCUGCGGGAUGAUCCAGGCCACCUCUGAUGAUGCUGACUGGGUUCAUACAAAGAGCAGAGUUGGUGCAGAGGAUCACACACUCCUGGGAAAAUGCAGAGAUGCUGGUUACUUCAUGCACUUUAACACAAUGGCCGGGAAGCCUCAGGAGUCUGCUCUGCUGGAAUCCCGAACCCUCUACCCCAAGAGGAAGCUUCAGUGUCUGCAGUUCUUCUACAAGAUGACUGGCAGCACCAAGGACAGGCUGGUGAUCUGGUCCAAGAUAGAUGACGGCACAGGCACCAUUCGUAAAAUGAAGAAAAUACAGACCUUUUAUGCUGAUGCUGACCACACAUGGAAGAUCGCCCACGUCCCGAUGAACAUGGGGGAGAAGUUCCGCUAUGCUUUCCAAGCUGUGCGCGGCGACCCCUCCGCGUCCGCCGGUGGCAUCUACAUCGACGACAUCAGCCUGACUGAGACACGCUGCCCCAACGCCGUGUGGAGAAUCCAGAACUUCACACAGAUCAUGGAAACGGCUGAUAGAAACACAGUAAUCGACAGCCCUCGCUUCUACAGCCCUGAAGGCUACGGUUACGGUGUCCGCGUCAUGCCUCUGUCGAGUUACACUGAUUACACCGGGAACUACACUGGGCUGUUCUUCCACCUGACCAGCGGGGAGAAUGACGUGGUGAUGCAGUGGCCAGCGAUAAACAGACAGGCCACCUUGGUGGUGAUGGACCAAGACCCCGACAUUAAGCUGAGGAUGUCCACAGCUCGCAGCCUCACUACUGAUAUGAGGCCGAUGUCAGAUGGAAAGCUGUUUUGGGACAAUCCCUCCAAGGUGGGGAGGUAUGACCCUUCCUGUGAUUGCUACAGAGGUCAAUCAUGGGGCUGGAGCAACUUCGUCAAGCACUUUGACCUCCGGCGGCGUAAUUACCUCAAGAACGAUGACCUCAUCAUCUUUAUCGACUUUGAGGACAUAACGUCACUGAUCAAAACAGAAGUUCCCAUUAAGCCAAAGGAGUAAGGUCAUGCAGGCAUUUAUAUCAUGAGGACGUGGAGCUGCAUGAGAAGAAAAACCUUUGAAGAUGAAGUGAAGAUGGAAGAUUACUGCUGCGAGACAAUGUCAGAAUUACACACAUGAUGCAUAAAAUGUUAAAGUUAUAUGUGGUAUAUAAUUUGUAUGUAAAAGUUGUGUAUCAUCAUUUUAAACAACACAUUUCUUUCUCAUUAAACUGUUGUCUUAAUAAAAAGCAAACU